CGAAGCAAGAAAAUCUGACAUUCGUCUGACAAAUCAGCAACCUGGCAACACUGCGGAAGAUUUUCAUAAUUUUUACCUGGCAUCUCUGGUUCAGGAAAAAUUAUCAGUGCUGGUCGUUGAAACAAAAGUCGAAAGUGCUAAAAUUUGGUGGAGAAAUGGUUUCCCUGGAUGAUAAAAUAAUGGGCGAAAAAACAAGUAAUUAUUGUAGUAGUAGCGAAGAUGAAUGUGAGAGUGAAAUAAUUGGCUCAAAGGACGGAAAUGCUACAAAGAGUACCAAAUCGCAGAUUAUUGCCGAGAAUAAACUCGAAAAUGAAACACAUUGGACUGGAAAUGCUACUAACACUGGUCCAAAAGGUGUUAUUAAAGAUUGGCAAAGAUUCAAACAACUGGAAACAGAAAAACGUGAAUCUCAAGACAGGGAGAAGCUCGAUUUAUUCAAAAAACUUAGUAUUACUUCACGUACAAAUAGGGAGCAUGAAAAAGCGAACGAAAAAGAACAAAUUGACGACGAAUUAGCGGAACUACUAGAUGAAGACUUUCUGUUACAAUAUCAGAAAAAACGAAUAGCAGAGAUGUUAGCUUUGGCUGAAAAGUUGCCUACAUUCGGUUCUGUUAUUGAGCUGCACACUGGAGAUGAUUUUCUCAUAGCUUUGGAUGAAGAACAAAAAUCUGUAACGAUAGUUAUUCAUAUAUAUGACCAGAAGGAUGAUGCUUGUCAGAAAAUGAACGAGGCCCUCAAUAAUUUGGCAGCGGAGUAUAAAAAUGUUAAAUUUUGCAAAUUUCUCUGUUUUGCUGCCGGCUUAAGCAUGUCUUUCAAAGAAAAUGGAAUUCCCGCACUUUUGGUCUAUAAAAAUGGAGAGAUGAUCGGGAAUUUUGUUCGUAUUACAGAUGAUCUUUCUGACGAAUUCACCAGUUUUGAUGUGCAGAGCUACCUAAUUGAAGUAGGUAUGUUGCCAGACAAAUCAUUCGUUUCAAAGAACUAGUAUUUAGUCCAGUAUACAAUUACUUUAAAUAAAAUGAGUUAGUUUAUCAGGGA